CAAUCAUCCUGCAGAGCCGUAAGCGGAUAUUUACCUACUCAAGUAAAAACAGCGUUGAAUUUUACUCAUUUUUAGUGUUAAGCUCGUGUUUUUGAAGCCACUUUUUUGAACGGCAGCAAAUCUUCCUCGACGACCCUCUUCUCUCCAACAGACUCAGACAGACAGGCAGGCCUCCACCGACCAGAGUACAGACACAAUGGAUUGGUCGUCGUCGUCGUCCACCACCUCCAGCCUGAUGGCCAGCAACGUGACCAACAAGACCGACCCGCGCUCCCUCAACUCCCGCGUCUUCAUCGGCAACCUCAACACCCUGCUGGUCACCAAGGCCGACGUGGAGGCCAUCUUCUCCAAGUACGGCAAGAUCGUCGGCUGCUCCGUCCACAAGGGCUACGCCUUCGUCCAGUUCUCCAAUGAGAGGAACGCCCGGGCGGCCGUGUCCGGCGAGGACGGACGCAUGAUCGUGGGACAGGUGUUAGACAUCAACCUAGCGGGUGAGCCGAAGCCUCACAGAUCAAAGACAGUGAAGCGUUCUGCAGGAGACAUGUACAGCAGUUCCUCUUUUGAUUUGGACUACGACUUUCAAAGAGAUUACUAUGAUAGGAUGUACUCUUACCAGUCCCGGGUGCCUCCUCCCCCUCCACCCCUGUCCCGCGCUGUCAUCCCCUCAAAGCGUCCGAGGGUCAGUCUGAGCGGAGGAGGGAGCCGACGAACCAAAACCAGCUUCUCCUCCUCCUCCAAGAGCAGCCAGAGGACUUCCCGUGCGAGUAGGUCCCAAAGGGUCACGUUCGAAUACCGAUCACACCUACUGAAUACUCUCUCAGAGUCUUCUAUUCCUCUUCUCACAGUGAAGGUAGAUGAUCUGCAGACCAUCAAGAGAGAGCUCACUCAGAUCAAACACAAGGUUGACUACCUGCUGGAGAGCCUAGAGCGCAUGGAGAAGGACCACGGGAAGAAGUCAGAGAUGAAGAGCUCCAAACCGGAGCCAGGUGAGGUGUCCCCCCUCCACUCAUCCACCUCCAGCAAGAAGGACGACAGCCUGAAACGGGACAGAGAGAGGGAGAGCCAGGAGCUGAACGACUCCGAGGAGGAGGGAGAUCUCCUGGAGGACGAAGACGAGAUGAAAAGCAGAGGGAGAGACGAGGAUGAGGAGGAGGACGGCGAGCAGGAGGAAGGGGAGGACGACGGCGAUAGUGCCAACGGAGACGAGUCCUAAACACUACGCAGGCAGACAGACACACACAUACACAUGCACAAAACGAUGUGUGUGAUUGUAUCUCCACUCCAGACGUGUACACAGUGGUCAUGUGCUCAUAUCUGCUGAACUGACUGGACGUUUCUAUAAAAUGUAUUGUAGAUAGAUCUCACACAAACAUUCUCAAAAGCAUAAAUAUGUCAAUUUUCUUUCUCCAGUUGUCUUUUAUGUUGCUCAUUUGACUUUAUCUACUUUUUUUUUUUUUUUCAGAUGUUUUUUAUUUGAGCAUUUUAUAGAUAUUUUCUGGUAUCGGAUAAAUGCAAACUGAUGUGUUACAUUCAGACAAAAUACACGUUGAGUUGACAAAUGUUACAUAUUGUAUAUUUGAACUAAGGGCUGUGAGCCACUCAUGUCUAAAAAAACUGAAAGAAAGUAAGCUAAGCCCUUAUUGGUUCUUUAGAUGAAUGUGUUGACUUGAUGCCAAAAAAAUGAACAAAUUACUUUUUACUACUAAAUUAACAGAUUAUCACCUGUUACUGACAUCAAAACAAAACUGGAAUAAAAAGGAUGCUCAGGUGCAACAGUUUGAAUUUAGAGUCAGUCUUGCGGGAGAAUACCAGACAUGGUAUCACAACCCAGAUGUGAAGGAAUUUAAAGAUGAAUAUUUUAAAAAAAAAAUAUGAUCCAGCUGCUGCACAGCUGCCUCUUUACCAGCAGGUGGCAGCGUAUCCUCACAACUGGCCCACACAAAAGCCCACAGGGACUCAUUUCUGUUGUUCACAGAAAACCUUCACCUUAUGCUUGUCAGACAACAACACGCGUGUACAAAACCUCAUGUCGAACUGCACAAACGCUCAAACAAAGAACUCACCGUUUUGAAAAUAGUUUUGUUCGUCGCCGAGGUGUGGCGACCUUAACUGACCUUGACUUGUGUAAUGCGGUGUUCGUCUGUUUCUGUUGAUGUUAUGUUUGUCAUUCAGCUGCACUGGUGAAAGUGAAUAAACAUGUUUUCCAAGUUGGA